GAAAGAGGGACCAGGAGGAACAGGUCCCAGCUGUCUCCCAAGGUCCUGCUCUUGGUUCUAACACCUCAACCCCAACUCCUGCACCAUGGGGGAGUGGGCGUUCCUAGGCUCGCUGCUGGACGCCGUGCAACUACAAUCGCCACUCGUGGGUCGCCUCUGGCUGGUGGUCAUGCUGAUCUUCCGCAUCCUGGUGCUGGCCACCGUGGGCGGUGCCGUGUUCGAGGACGAGCAGGAGGAAUUCGUGUGCAACACGUUGCAGCCGGGCUGUCGCCAGACCUGCUACGACCGCGCCUUCCCAGUCUCCCACUACCGCUUCUGGCUCUUCCACAUCCUGCUGCUCUCCGCGCCGCCAGUGCUGUUCGUCAUCUACUCCAUGCACCAGGCCAGCAAGGAGGCUGGAGGCGCGGAGGCUGGCGGCGCGGAGGUGGCAGCGCCGUGUGCGCGCGGGCGGCCAGAGGGCUCGGGCGCUCCCUGCGCCCUGCGCGCGCGCCGCGCGCGCCGCUGCUACCUGCUGAGCGUGGCGCUGCGCCUCCUGGCCGAGCUGGCCUUCCUGGGCGGCCAGGCGCUGCUCUACGGCUUCCGCGUGGCCCCGCACUUCGCUUGUGCUGGCCCGCCCUGCCCGCACACCGUCGAUUGCUUCGUGAGCCGGCCCACGGAGAAGACGGUGUUCGUGGUCUUCUACUUCGCCGUAGGGCUGCUCUCGGCGCUGCUCAGCGUGGCCGAGUUGGGCCACCUGCUCUGGAAGGGCCGUUCGCGCUCCGGGGAGCGCGACAACCGCUGCAACCGUGAGCACGAGGAAGCGCGGAAGCUGCUCCCGCCGCCACCGCCCGCCCUGCCAUCGCGGCGCCCGGGCCUCGAUCCCUACGCCCCACCCGCCUAUGCGCAUCGGGCACCGGCGGGUGACAGCGAAGAAGGCGAGGGGGGCAGUGGCCGCAGCAAGGCGUCACUGGCCACUGUCCGCCAGGACCUGACCAUCUAGCGGUGGGCCCUGCCCAGUGCGGACGGUGAGAUCCGAGGGCGAACCCCACCACCCGGGUCCCUACCGCAGAAGCAAGAGGCUUCCGAAAGGACUGCCGCAGGAUCCUGCCUGAGCGCGGUGGACCGGCCCGGGGAGGCGUAGCGCUGCAGUAAUGCGCUCAGGUGUCGCCGGCAGCAGCCAUGCUGGGGUCGCAGAGAAUGAACUAAGGCGCGUCCCUGAUGCCCUGAUCUUGUUGGGAAGGGAGGAGGCCAGGGGGACUGAAGGGAAGUGGACAGGAGGAAGGCAGCUAGUGACCUGGUUGCAGUAGAGACAAAACCAACUGUGAGACCAGAUUCCCAGGCGCUGUCCUUGUUCAGAGAGGAGUGAUGUCCAUAUGUGGACUCUUGGUGAGUGUUCACAAAUGAACACAUGACUACGCUGUGACGCGUGUGCACAUGCAAGUCCUGUGUGAGAUCCAUGCAUGCAGGUGCUCACACGUGUACAAACUCAUCCCUCCUAAAUGUGUUGUGCGUACAUGUUCACAUAGACACAUGGACCUCUUGAGUGAACAGUGCAUGCGUACAAAUGUGCACACAGACACGUAUAUGUCCUAUGUGUGCUGCUGCACAUGUGUAAUGGACAUCCUGUGUGAGCCGGGUGUGUGAUCACUGGCAUGUACUGCACAGAUGGCCAGGAUCCAAAGGCCAGCAGGGGCCAUAAGAUUCCCUUCUUACUGCCCCAACCCAGCCCACCUGAGGGUUUCCCAGGAAGAUGUCCCUUCCUGAGAGGCCACAUGGGAAGUGGGGGGAGGAGGCACCCCUUCACAGCGGCAGGCCUCCGUCCUGUAGGCUUGUGAGCGCACCCACGCUCUCCACCAGUGCCUGGGUCAGGGUGGCUGGGCCCUCACUUGGAGGCAGAGUCAAGUUGGUUAGUGGGCAGGACAGACUAGUGUGUGUUUGCUUGUUUUUGUUUUGUUUUCAGUACUCGACACUGAUC